AGCUGUGCUCGGCUCAGACAGUGCGCCCAAGAUGGACGACAACUCCGAAGGAGAUGUGCUCAGCCCAGAUGCAAUGGCCACAGCCACUGCGCCCUUUUUUGCGCUGGAGGCUGGAGAGAUCGAGAAUCGGCUACGCAAGCACACAAUCGAACUCACUGAGCCUGCCAUAGCCCGAACAGCGGCCUUUGAGCGGAAGCUACAUGAAGUUCGUUUGUAUACCGAUCUCAAUGCAGAAAACCUGAAGCAACUGCACCAAAAGCUCUCAGCUCAAGAGAACUUGAAGCUUACUGUAGAGUCCUUCAGAGGACAGCUCUUCGAAUGGAAUAAAGAACGUCGAGACCAUCAAGAGCUAAUGAAUGAAAAGGUGUGCUUGCAAGAGGAUGAGAUCGGCGCCCUAUACGGCAAGAUGGAGUUGCAGACUGUGAGAACAGAGGCUUGUAAUCGAGGACUCAAACACUUGGGAGACCUGUUGACAGAAACGAGAGAAGAACUGGCUGAACUCAGAAGCUAUUGCUCCGAGCGAAUUGAUAUCAAUCGUGAAAAGAUCGUAAGAUUGAGGGAGGAGCUGGAAACCAAGCAUUCCGCCAUAGAGGUCAGCCAGUUCAAGCUCAAUGAUGAUGUCACCAACAUGACCACGGCAUUUCAACAUGUGAGCUCGGAGGUAGAACGGAUUGGGAUCAACACAGAGAAGGCGGUGGCAGACGUUGCUGAACUUUGCCGUGUGAAAGCCAGGAUAGCAGGUGUCGAAGAGCAGCAGGAGACCUACUCAGAGUUUUCCAGAAGCUUGACAGAUGCCGUUGGGUCUUUGAAGAUGCAGCUGGACACCAUGCUUACAGAUGUUCAGGAGCACGUUGAGAAUGCAACCCAGGUGGUGUCUGUAUGUACGACCAAACAAAUUGAAUCAAUGCAAGCUCAAUAUUCUGAAGAUAUGGCACGUAUGGGCAGUAUCAUCAAAGAACAUGAUGCUCUAAACCAGCGAGUAAAAGAACAAGAAGACAGCUUGCAAAUUGGUCUGACAGGUGUCCAACAAUAUUUUGGGGAAAAGAUUGUGCAGAUCGAAGACAUCAUCAAUGCCAAAAAGAAGCCGGACUUGAAGCAAGAGGAGUUUUUCCUCGAGGUGCAGCAGCUUCGCCGUGACUGCAAAGAAAUUCGACAACAAAUGCAAAGACAUGAGCGUGCCCGUGGUUUGGAAAGAGAUGCUAUGCAGGCUAUUGUUGAGAGCCAGCAGAUUGCAGCUCAAAUUGACUACCACGAAGACCAAGACCGACAGGAAAUCUCGCUAUUUGGCUGCAAGCCUGUCGACCGAGGAGACAGAAGCGAACAGCUAUUGCCCAGCAUCUCAAAAGACACUCCAAGGAAAAGAGAGACCGCUUCCUUGAUAUCGCUCGACAAGCGUUGUUUAUCCUGCUGUGGGGGAGCUGGAGCUGUUUUGGCUGGCUUCAAAAUCGCAUGCUUAAACUACACGGCUGGUCCUGUUGAAUACCGACAGACCAUGUAUUCUCGGGCCGAGCUGCUACACUUGCAAAGCAAGUUGGUAGACCAAGCAUCUGAUCGGAUGGCCAGGGCUGCUAACGUUUAGCAAAAGGAGG